AUGGCAUCGCUGACAGCCAGCACUCGCCCCGCCGCCCGCCGUCACAUUGGCCGGCAUGCAGCGUGCACCUGGCGCACAUUCACGGCCCCGGUUACGCCGCGGUUUCAGCGUACGGCAGAGGACGCCGCCGAUGAGCUGAUGAAGGAAUUUGGCGGCAGGAUCGUCAGCAGGAGACAGCUGAUUGACGGCAACCAACUGCAGAAGCUGGCCUUGACCCUCGGCCGUCGGCAUCUGAGCUCAGAUGGGGGCGUCGGCUACGAGGAGCAUGCGAUUGACAAGAUGCUGGACGUGACAGAUUCGCCACCGCCCCCUGGAACGCUAGUGCCCCCCGGGUACCACCUCGUCUACUUCACACCCGGUGGGUUGGAGACUGAGCUGGGGAUGGACGGCACAGACGAGACGUUCAACGCUCCCUCGCCAUUCAACCGGAGGAUGUGGGCCGGCGGCGUGAUGAGAUGGCCCGGUUCAGCCGAUGGCCAGAGCAGCAACAGCACGCAGCUGAGGGUGGGGGACGAGGCCGAGGAGAGGACGAGGCUGGUGAGUGCCACUCGCAAGAAGAGCCGGUCCGCCGGCGAGAUGAUCUUGGUCGAGCUGGAAAAGGAAUUCUGGACGGCACGGGGGCUGGCCCUCGUCGAUAGACGUUCAUGGGUUUUCCGUCCGGCACUGGACGCCAGCCGGUCGGUGGAGCCGCCGCCUGCUCGGAUCGAACGGGGCACGAGAGCGCCGUCGCGGGUCAGAGACAUUGACCAGGACGGCGACGGGUUCCCACGCCGCGAGCUGUGCUGGUCGUCGGUCGGGCUCUUUCGCUUCUCGGCACUCACCUUUAACGGGCACAAGAUUCACCUGAGCGAGGACUGGGCACGCAACGUCGAGGGCCACGCCGGGCUGGUGGUCCACGGACCUCUCAACCUGAUCAGCAUUCUCGACUACUGGAGAGACGUGCACGGCCGAGGGAGGGCGACGCCCGGCCAGAUCAGCUACAGGGCCGCGGCACCAGUGUAUGCCGGCGAGACGUACCACGUCGUCACACGGGAGACGAGACCGGGGGUUGAUGUCGGUGGGCAAGAAUGGCUUGUCGACGUUGACAAGAAUGGCAUCACCUGCAUGAGUGGUGUUGUGGGAAGGUAG